AUGCGUGGGCGUUGCUCAUGGUCCGAACAAUGUACGGUCGUUGCAAAAAUCUGGGCCAAGCCGGUGAUCGAAACCGGGACCUCUCGCACCCAAAGCGAGAAUCAUACCACUAGACCACUUGGCCGUGAGAGCAAUUUACGCGGACCUCAGGAACGGGGGCUGAAAGCGGAAGAAAACAACGAAAAGGACUCGUUGGAUCGUCGUGGAGCAGCGGCAGAGGAGCUCAGGGCUCAUGCGUGGGCGUUGUUCAUGAUCCGAACAAUGUACGGUCGUUGCAAAAAUCUGGGCCAAGCCGGUGAUCGAAACCGGGACCUCUCGCACCCAAAGCGAGAAUCAUACCACUAG